GCGCCACACUCUCCCGGUAGGUACAUUUAUCGUUACUUUAUUUAUAUUGCGUGCGGCCUUUUUCUUUUAGCCACACGUUCCCGGCACACGUGUUGUGAGUUGUUUUUGUGUGCGUGUGGCUCAACACGUUCCUGGUAAACGAUUGCGUGCUCGUUCCGUCAUUUGUUGCGUUGUAUUAUUUUUAUGGCCAUACCUACGUCGGUAUUGGGCACAUUUUAUCGUUUAUGUUCCUGCAUGGCGUUAUGUGUCGUGGAAAUGCUGCCUCUUGUUUUGCAGCUGGCAUCCAUACCACCCUGGUUAAUUUUCAAUGGUGCCUGCUUUGCAUAUUUUUUAUUCACCUGUGCUUUCAACCGCCGACGAGUUUUCGACAUUUGGAAUCGGUGCCCUUGUCGACUAGAAAACAAUCAGCAUACCGUCUUUGGUUCCUGCCCACACGACACACGUUUCCGUGCGUUCCACCGUUGAACCGCUUCGUGCCUUCCCGCACACACGUUUUUUUGUCUCCGUUUGUCUUCUCUAGGGUGGGUGGCACACCCCCUGCGCCUCCAGGUCCAGCAUCACCGGUGCCAGCUCCAGCAUCGGCGCCAGCUCCAGCACCGGCGCCCGUCCCAGCACUGGCGCCAGCUUCAGCACCGGCGCCAGGUCAAGCAUCGGCGCCAGCUUCAGCACCCGCGCCCGCUUCAGCACCGGCGCCCGCUUUAGCACCGGGGCCCGCUCCAGCACCGGCGCCCGCUUCAGCACCGGCGCCCGCUCCAACGCCGGCAGCGGGAGGAGCGCCGGUGGCCAAAGGUGAUGCAUCCGGCGACAUGAUGUUUCCCGGAGAAACAGAGCGGGGAGAUGGGCUCGGCGGCGUUCUCUUCGGUACGCCGGCAGAGAACAAGAACAAGAGGAAGAAAGGACAGCUGGAGUUGGAGCCGCCGGGCUUCCCGAUCCCCGAGUUUGGUGGCGGAAGCCAACGGAAGCGCUACCCUCUGAAAUUUAAGGUGGAUGCGGUGAGGUACUCACAGAGGAGGGUCAAGGGGGCACAAGGGCCGGACGGGACUGUUGGGAUAACCUACGCGAGCAGAGUCCUGGGCAUUCGCGACAAAUCGACGUUGGCGUUGUGGGUCAAGGAGAUCGACAAGUACGAAGCCGCGCUGGCGAAAAUGGACACGUACAAGGGCGGAGCGAAGCGCAAGAAGACGCCAGCCAACAAGCGCUUGUCGCUGCAUGCCGGACGGAUCCGGACGCACACAGCGGCCGAGGGCGAGAUCGUGGACUGGAUCAACGAGCUGCGUUCUGAAGGCAUCUCCGCCCGUGUUUCGACGAAAAUGCUCAAGAACAAGGCCGUCGAACUCAACCCGAACUUCUUCGGAGAGAGGCCGGCGCCAUCCGAUCUCCAGGGCUGCCAGAAGUACAACAACAGGCAGAACCAGUGGUGCAGGAGGCUAUCAAGGAGAUUUCUCAGGGUCUACCGCUUCUCUGUGCGAGCGGUCACCCGACAAGGCCAGAAACUUCCUUCUGGCUGGCCCGUGAUCGCCAUGCAGGCUAUCAAGGAGUGGAGGACGCUGAAGUACGACGUGCCUUCCGCGCUCGAACUUGCGGACGGAGUCGAGUGCCUGGGGGUUGCGGCAGGGGCGGGAGCCAGCGCGAGCGGCAGCGGGGGUGGGAGUGGCGCUGUGAUUCCUUCGGGUCCGCGUCUCAAGUUCGACUUGGCGCAGAUCGGCAACAUGGACGAAACCCCCACGUGGUUCGAGAGCCCGGGGAAGGACACUGUGAACGUGAGCGACAAGGAGAUUUCCGUCAAAACCGGCGGCAAGGAGAAGAUGCGCAUCACAUCGGUUCUGACGGUGUUCGCCGACGGCACCAAGCUGCAGCCCCUUCUCAUCUUCAAGGGUCAGCCCACUCCGAAGGGGAAGUCCCCCGCCGCCAACAGCAUCGAGCGCGAGUUCAAAGACUACAGGGACAAGAAGGGCUGCGCGUACCCGCGAGGUAUGGCCUACGCCGUGGACCCCAAGGGAUGGCACUCCCAGCGGGUGUUCGACGAGGUGUGGGUGCCGCAGGUGUGGAACCGGCGCCCGGGGCGGCUCGACCGCCUGGGCGGCUACCGUCAGCCUGACACGCUUCUUGCGUGGGACGACUACACCGUCCACAAGACGGACGCGUCUACCAAGGCGAUGAAGGAGUCCAACACGACGCUGUUCCUCAUCCCGGGAGGCCUGACUCCAAAGCUCCAGCCUUGCGAUGGCCUGGUCAACAAGAUCUUCAAGGCAAACAUGUCCAAGCUCUACGACGACCACAUGGCUUCCAAAGACGUCACGCGCAACGAGCGGGGCUAUCCGGAGCCCCCUUCGCGGGGCUUGGUCGCACAGUGGGUCAAGAAGGCGUGGGAUGCCUUGACCGCGGACGAAAUCCGCUCGAGCUGGAGGAAGGCUGGCCUGCUGCUGCCCUACGACGGGUCGGGAGACGAGGCCUGGGCCAACAAGGAGCUCGAUUCCAACGCCAAGGGGGAGCCCAUCCGCGGGCCAUCGGACGCUGCGGACAAGGCUGACCCGCCGACAGGAGGCAAGAACGAGAACUUCCUGGAGGUGUUGGACAUCGACGAUGACGACGAGACGGGUGUGGUGGUGGUGGACGUGAGCGACGACGAGGGCGGGGAGCUGUGAGGCAUCGGCAGCGAUGCUAGUGUUGAGA